AUGGAUGAGGCCGCGAGAAAAAAAUAUUGUCGUCUUUUGAUGCUUGACGUUCCUCCUCCUUCAAAUCAUUCCAAAGAGAAUAGUUCUAUCAGAACUCAAGAUAAUUUUGUCUUUACAUCAUUCAUUGAACCGAUGAGGUUAUCUUCAAAUUCAACAGUCAAUCGAGAAAACCCCAAGACCUCCAAAUGCUUUCAUUUUAUAUCGACGAAACAACUGUUGAUCACUGCUAACAUUUCUAAUGCAAAAAUUUCAAAGUUAUUGGCAAAAAUGUGGAGAAAUGAAACAGAGGAAGAAAAAUUAUAUUGGAAAAAAAUUGCGGAUAGAAAAAAAAUGGAACAUGUGCAAGCACAUCCUGGAUAUGUUUAUCGUCUCAAAAAACCUGGAAAACGUAGAAAAACAACUCCGUCAAAACAACCGAUUUCAACUUUAGAAAAUACUUGUGUACCCGAAUUAGUAACUUCAAUUGUUAAUCCUUCUACGAUUGAUUGA